AUGGACCAGCUUUUACUUACUCUGAGAUACUAUGCUACUGGCAGCUUCUAUAUAACUGUAGGGGAUUUUGUAGGAGUUUACAAGACAACUGCAGGUAGAAUAAUCAGAAGAGUUACAGAAGCACUGGUAUCUUUACGCCCUAAUUAUAUAAAAUUUCCACGAAAUGAGGACGAAAUGAGAAUAAAGAAGCAAGGUUUUUAUCAAUUGGCACGUUUUCCUCGAGUAGUAGGUGCAAUUGAUUGUACCCAUAUAAGAAUACAAUCUCCAGGGGGAGAUAAUGCAGAGUUUUUUCGGAACAGAAAGAACUUCUUCUCCAUUAAUGUACAGGUAGUAUCUGAUAGCAAUAACAUGAUAAUGGACAUAGUGGCAAGAUGGCCAGGGUCAAGUCAUGAUAGUAAUAUCUUUCAAAAUUCCAUUAUACGAAGAAGAUUUGAAAAUGGUGAUUUUGGUAAUGCUGUAUUGUUAGGGGAUAGUGGGUAUCCACUACGUGACUAUCUUAUGACACCAUUAGCAGAAGUUCAUACACGAGCUGAACAAAAAUAUAAUUCCUCACAUAUAUCAACACGAACAGUUGUUGAGAGAACUUUUGGCAUAUGGAAGAGAAGAUUUCCCAUUUUAAGUUUAGGCAUACGAUGUUCUAUUCCUCUAGCACAACAAAUAAUUAUAGCUACGAGUAUUUUACACAAUAUUCAACCUCAGGAGAAUGUUUGGCACGGGCCGUUGUCAUCGUUCGAUGGAACGGAGAACUCCCGGCGUGGAAUUCCUCGUCAUGGCGACUCGACCAACGCCAACGGUCGAAUUUUGGAAACAUAG